AUGGAAAGACAGGAACUUCUUAUUGAGGUAAAGAAGAAUAACAACACCAGGGUGAUUCAAGAGAAAAUGGCCAAAACAUUCUCGAUUCGAAGACUUGAGAUUGUGAGUGAAAGUCCAGCUGUUGAGGACUUCAGAGACAGAUGGCCUGCUUUGUUUUGUGAAGAUGGGAUCAAGGAGGAAUUCAGGAGAAUAACCACAUUGUCCCUGGAGCAGAGCUUCAUGUACAAACUUGACCACUACACACCCAAACUUAUCACCCUGAUGAAGGCCAAGGGAGGUGUUUUGGGGACCGCGCUGAGACCGUUUUUGUACAGACUAAGUCAGAACCAAAGCAUUGAGGAAAGACGAGACACAAUCAUACGGAGCCUCAUUGUUUACCUCGGUGAAAAAGUGGAGGACCUUUUCGAAGAUUGCCAGGAGGACUGCCGCAGUGAGGCCAGGAAACAUAUCCUCUACCGUAAUGACAUGUUAAGUGGGAUCGUCUGCCGCUUCGGCCUGUGCGUCGCUGCUGCUGUUUUUAACUCAGUCUGUUGCCGUGGUUACGCCUCUCCAGGAUUUGGAACAAACUUCUUGGAAGUGUUUGGAUCCAGGUUGGAGAACAACACAAAUAUUAGCGUUUCUGAAGGGCUAGGGGUGUUGCCAGAUACCGUGGGUGAGGACAUGUGUUGA